AUGGUCCGAAAAUUAAAAUACCAUGAACAAAAAUUACUCAAGAAGGUUGACUUUCUUCAGUGGAAAAAUGAAAAUAAUAUAAGAGAAAUAAAAAUCAUUCGUCGUUACCAUUUACAAAAACGAGAGGAUUAUCACAAAUAUAAUAAAUUAUGUGGUUCAAUAAAAAAACUCGCUAAUCGUAUAUCUUUGUUAGAUCCAAGGGAUCCCUUUAGAAAUAAGCAAGAAAUUGCGUUACUGGAUAAACUGUACUCGAUGGGACUAAUCACCGGUAAAAAACAAUUUAGUCAAACUGAUAAAAUUAAUGUUUCAGCCUUUUGCAGACGAAGGUUACCUAUUGUAAUGUGUCGAUUAAAAAUGGCCGAAACCGUUAAGGAGGCCGUCACAUUUGUUGAACAAGGUCAUAUACGUGUUGGUCCUGAAACAAUUACUGAUCCAGCCUAUUUGGUAACGAGAAAUCUUGAAGAUUUUGUAACUUGGGUAGAUACUUCCAAGAUUAAACGAAAGAUUAUGAAAUAUAAUGACAAGCUUGAUGAUUAUGAUUUAUUAUGA